AUGGAUAGGAAGAUGGUGUGCACGGUCAAGGGAUGCCAUUUUUCUCGUGUUGAUAAUGGGUGGGAAAUCGGAUACGAGUGGAGGAAGGCGACGCCCGAUGAACGGAAUCGACCGAGCUUCGACUAACUAGCAUACAACAGAUGAAAAAUAGCCGAUAUCUGACGCAGAUACGAGAUCCAGUUUGGCGUAUAUAUAAUCGGUGUGAUAAGUUAAACGUGGUUACGUGUCUCGUUUGCCAGCAGAUACUAAAGCUUGCCUCUGCGCCUCCAAUAUACCGUAGGUUGUCGGUGAUAUUGUCAUUACAAGGUCAUUCAAAUAUGGAUUUCCUUUCUGGGGCUUUUCACUACUCUGACUCCGUGAAUCCAUCGAAAUACUCUCCUCGGCCAUCUGACUACUUUGGCACUUUACCUUUUCGCACAUCUCGGUUUGAGCGUGAAGCUGCAGAUGUUACAGCAGACUAUCUUGAAAAAUGGCAGAAGGCCGUCAAAGCAGACGAUCCGGAAAGGAAGGACCUUUUCUUUCACGGAAGCACCACAAAUCUUGGUCAUUUUGUCUCCUGGGCAUAUCCCGAAUGCAUACCGGAUCGGGUAGACCUUUGUACACAGAUCUGUGAUUUCGGAUUCUAUUGGGAUGAUGUCACCGACUCUGUGAACGUUCAGAAAAAUGCCGAAAUCACCCAGGACCUCGCCCUUGCUCUACUAUCCGAGUUGACUUUGGGCCAACGGCUGGAGCCAAAGCUUGAGAUCAACAAAAUUGUUGUACAAAUGCUGUGGGGAGUCCUGGAUAAAGAUCGAAAGUCCGGCCUUGAGAUGAUUAAGUUUUGGAAGGGUCAUCUGGAUGGUCAAGCAGAGAGUGCGCAUAAUAAUAUGUCCUUUGAAGAAUAUACGAAGCAUCGGCUUUCCGAGGUAGGGGCCAGGUGGGCGGUUGAAGUUGGAUGUUGGUCCCUAGGAAUCAAUCUAUCCCGGGAGAAGAAGGAUUCCGUCGCCCAUUUCGUGAAUAAAGGACUGCUAGCGGCUGCCUUGAUGAAUGACUACUAUAGCUUCAACAAGGAAUUUGAUGAGCAUCAGCGAGCCGGGUCCAUGAAUCGGCUACAGAAUGGACUCGGGAUCUUGAUGCGCGAGUAUGGGUACACGGAGACUGAGGCACGGAGUAUCCUGAGAGAAGAGAUUCGUAAAGGAGAAAGGGCUAUCAUGGACGGAUAUAUUGCCUGGCGUGAGAGCGCCGACUCCAGUUCCGAGUCCCAUGAACUCAAUAGGUAUAUUGUGAUGAUCAUCCUCAUGAUUGGGGGGAUCACGUUUUGGAGCUCGCAUGCCUCUCGAUACCACCGUGACGACCUGAUAACAACAGCCGAUGAUAGGGCUAUGAUUGUUGGCAAAUUCCAAUGUUCGCUGCGGGUCUUUGAUGGUUACCCCCCGCCAAAGCGCUUGAAGAGCGCAACCAGCUCAAAUGAUAUGUCAGGGCGCAAACGAAAGAGCUGGUCGGAUUCCAACGGUGUUGAUACUCAUGGAGCUUGCUACACUAAUGGGUCCAGCAAUCGAGCAAAACGCAAUGGAACUGAGGCUGUUCACAAAGCGAAUGGACGUGACUCCAUGGAUGUUUACACAGCUCCAUUUCUGAAGGCUCCGAGUGAAGUCUGCGAAGCGCCCUACGAAUACAUCAACUCACUCCAGGGUAAAAAUAUGCGAAAUAAGUUCAUGGAUGCUCUAAACCACUGGCUCCGUGUUCCUGCUCCAUCUAUGCAAAUUAUCAAGAACAUCGUUCAAAUGCUACACAAUUCGUCUUUGAUGCUGGAUGACAUCGAGGAUGCGUCGCCUCUACGAAGAGGCCAACCUGUAGCACAUACGUUCUAUGGAAUAAGCCAGACCAUUAACAGCGCAAACUUCGUCUACGUCAAAUCCGUAAAGGAGACAUCACGCUUGAACAACCCAAUGUGCAUGGAGAUAUUCACAGAUGAGUUAAGCAACCUUCACACCGGCCAAAGCCUCGACCUCUACUGGCGCUAUCAUGGUAGAUGCCCGUCCAUCAACGAGUAUAUUAUGAUGGUCGACAACAAAACCGGAGGACUCUUUCGACUCAUGCUCCGUCUCAUGGAGGCAGAAUCUCCGGCUGCCUCGUCAGCCUCCCUGGUCAAGCUCCUGACGUUAACAGGGAGGUACUACCAAAUUCGAGAUGAUUACCUGAAUCUUACAUCUGUGGAGUACACGUCCAAGAAAGGCUUCUGUGAGGACCUAGACGAGGGCAAGUUCUCUCUUCUAUUAUUGCACCUCUUAAACCACACACGGCAUCCGGACCGCAUCACUGCGCCUCUAUUUAAUCGCGCGUCUGGAGCCAGGGAUUUGGCGCGAGAGGUCAAGGUCCAUAUUAUCCAGGCUAUGGAUAAAGCCGGGACGUUUGAGUACGCACAGGGUGUAUUGAGAUAUCUACACGAAGAAAUUAUGAGAACGCUUGAUGAAGUGGAAGCGGAUUUGGGAAGAAACACUGAAGCGAGAAUCCUGUUAUUAGGCCUUGGACUUUAGGUCGGCAACCAACAUAGCAUUGUUUGUGUCAUAGAAGAACCUUGUUUGGCUGUUCAACGAGCAUAAAUGUAUACUUGGGUAGUCAUAAAGGUCGCAAGUGUUAAAAAUUCACCAUUCAAGUUGAAUUGGC